GAUACCGGGGUCCAGCGGGUGGCGGCCUCCGGGUGCAGGCCGGAAUUAACUGGACCGGUACCAAAUAUUGGAGGGAAAUUAGGAAUUGCAAGCUCGGCCCCCGUUCUUCGCUUGCCCGGUACCAGGGCACCAGGGAUUACUUUAAUGCUCUCUGCCUACCUGGCAUCAGUGGACUGCCUGGUAUUAUUACUAGCGGCAAUGAAGUGCCAAUAAGACUCCUUCAAUCAUAAUCAAGGCUAUUCUACUCAAUACACACAAAGUGCUGGAGGAACUCAGCAGCUCAGGCAGCAUCUAUGGAGAUGAAGAAACAGUUGAUAUUUCAGCCUAAUCCCCUUCUUCAGGACUGAGAAGGAAGGGGGAAGAUGCCAGACUAAAAGGACAUGCAUCACUUAACAGUAUUAAAAGUUUACAGUAUAAGCCAGGAAGGAUUUUAUGCCUGCUACCUUGUAAGGCAUCAGGUCAGAGGAGAUCAUUCACAAAUAAGAACAUGAUUGUGGAACUUGACAACAACUCAGCAGUUGCUGUGAUUAAAAUGAAGAGGCCUCCUGUUAACAGUCUAAACCUGGAAUUUCUCACAGAGUUUGCAAUUAGCCUGGAGAAACUUGAGAUGGACCGAAGAUGUCGUGGAGUUAUCCUUACUUCUUCUAUCCCCAACAUCUUUUCUGCUGGCUUGGAUAUCACUGAGAUGUAUGGGAAGUCACCGGAGCAUACAGGAGAGUUCUGGAGAUCUGUUCAGGAAAUGUGGUUGAAGUUGUACGGAUCUAACUUGGUGACCAUUGCUGCAAUCAAUGGAGCCAGCCCUGCUGGAGGAUGUCUCAUGGCAAUGGCUUGUGACUACCGCAUUAUGACAGAUAAUCCAAAGUAUGGGAUUGGCCUUAAUGAGACAAAGCUUGGAAUUGUUGCACCUUUCUGGUUCAAGGACACCAUGAAAAGUACUAUUGGAAGGAGAGCUACAGAGCAUUCUCUUCAACUUGGCAUUUUGUACAGUGCUCCAGAGGCUUUGAAAAUUGGACUUGUUGAUCGCCUAGUGGCACAAGAUAAAAUUAUGUCUACUGCUUUGAGCACCAUGUCUGAAUGGUUGACUAUUCCAGAUCAUGCUCGGCAAAUAACCAAGACCAUGAUGCGGAAACCAAUACUUGAACGACUUUUGACUCAAAGGGAAGCAGAUAUACAAAAUUUUGUCAAUUUUAUCAGUAAAGAUUCUAUUCAGAAGUCUCUUGAGAUGUACAUGGAGAUGCUGAAACAAAGAAAAAGCUGAAUAACUGUGUUCUUAAACAAGGUGGCAAAAACUCUCUGAAUAUCUAAUUGUAUUUUUCUGUAUUUGACCAUUCCAUUCUGUAAUUUCAUCAAUGAAAAUUUGCAUCUUUUCCAAAAUGAAAGACAAAUGGAAAUUUGUGUCUAGACCCUUUACGUUUUAAAAUGUGAAAGUGCCUAAUUCUGCUGCUAACAGUCUCCUGAUCGUGCAGUUUACUCAAGAAGCUUGUUGAAUGCCUGAGUAGCCUAAUAGUAAUUAAAACAAUAUCUUUCAGUGUAA